AUGACGUCCACGCGCAUCCAAACCCCAGCUUCUCCGGUCCCGCCCCGCGAUCUUCCUGCUGGUCCACGUCGACGCUGCAGCAACAACCUGGGCAGGAGCACAUCCGGCAGAGACGCAGGAAAACGCUGUUGCCCGAAAAGAGAUCUUCCGAGACCGCAUCGCCGCCGACGGCUGGCGACCGGCAGCGGCGGCGGAUUGCGCGGGCUAGGGAAACCGAAAACAGACCUCGUUCUCGAAACGCUUCUCCAGCUCAGAUCAGAAAUCAGCGACCUCAACCACAAAAUCGACAACAACCUCCUCCAGCAAUCAUCACCGUCCCCCUCCCAGCAGCAGCACCGGCUCUAUCUCCAAUCCGACCUCGCCCAGACCCCGCCCGGUCCUCCCCCAUUCCAGUCUCCGUCCUACAUCUCCUGCCAGUCUGUUCCGCGCGACAGCCCCGAGCUCGACGUCUCGAUCCCUCCCAGCCAUCACUCCGCGACCGAGAAAUUUCUCUCCUGGGAGAUCUUUGACGGCGCGCCGCGGCUGCGGUCCCGCUUCGUGUCGACUUUCCUGCUCGAGAGCCAGCGGCCGGCAAUCCACCCGAUGGCCUCAGACACAACCACCGAAUCCGUCGGCAUCAGCGCCGAGGACUGGCAUCGCCUCUCGCAAGGGUACCAGCAAAACGUCAAUUUCUUCUACCCCGUCAUGUCGAAGCAGCGCCUAUCAGAACUCUAUCCGACCCUCUGCUCGUCCUCCCUGGACGGCUGUCUCGCCUCGCUAGUAGUCGCUCUCGGCGACGCAUGUCUCUACGUCGAGCAGCGCUACAAAAACGACAACAACAGAGCCGAAGACGGCAACCUCUCGAUCUGGACGCUUGCAAACUCCGUCGACGGCCUCGCUGCCUUCCGCCACGCGCUCGGACUCAUCCACAUGGCGCUCACCGACAUGAGCGUCACGGCCUUGCUCUGUCUGCUCUCGACCGCGCUGUAUUUUACAUACAUGCAGCGGCCGCUGCAGGUGAAUGUGUUUUUGAACGCGUGUGCGCAAAAGUGUUUGGUUAUGAUGCAGUAUUCGACCUCGAAUAUGAGCACGCAAGAGUAUGAGACCGUCAAGCGCAUAUUCUGGAGCUGCUUCAUCAUGGAGAGCGACAUCCUCAUCGAGCUCGAACGCGUACCCCAGUCCGGCUGCGCGGAAAUGGAAUCCCAAGUAACUCUCCCCGCCAAAUUCGAGACCCACGACUCCUCCGAAACAAGCGACCUCUCGACCCUCUACUUCCUAGCCUGCAUCUCCAUCCGCCGGCUGCUCAACCGCAUCCACAAACUGCUCUACGCCAAGCAAUCCGCCGUCCCCGACAUGAACCUCAUCAAAGAACUCGACACGCAGAUCGAAGAAUGGCGCGAGGUCCUGCCUCCCUACCUCCGCUUCGAACUCGCAGACAUCUCCAAGCCCGCGCAAAACAGCUACCAGGGCUUUCUCCGACAACGCUACCUCGCCGCGCGCUCAGUCAUCUUCCGCCCGGUCUUCACCUUCGUCGUCACCAUGAACCUCCGCGGCUCGCGCCCGCCGGGGUUCGACGACGCGGUCAAAUCCGCGGGACUCUGCAUCGAGGCCGUGAUGUUGCACAUGAACAACCUCCGCGGCUUCACGCACACCGUCGUUAUCGAUACCUGGAUCUGCUCGCUCUCGAUGGCGGGCGUCGUGCUUGUGCUUUACAUUGCUUUUCAUACCCCGCCGCUGCGGCAGAUCUUGGAAGAGAAAUACGGCGUCGAGCGCGUGCACGAAUGCGUCACCGAGCUGCAGAACAAGCUCGAUGGGUUCAUGCGCUCGGCGCCAGAGAUAUCGCCGAGCGUGAGGCAGUGUGUGGAUAUGAUUGGAGAAGUGAGAGCGAUCCUGUGGGGCGAUGUAGAAUAGUCUUUGAGUAAUUUUUUUUGACCAUAU